AUGCCAAAGGUUGCUAUUAUCAUUUACACUCUAUACGGUCACGUUGCUGCUACUGCUGAAGCUGAAAAGAAAGGUAUUGAAGCUGCCGGUGGUCAAGCUGAUAUCUUUCAAGUUCCUGAAACUUUAACUCCUGAGAUUGUUAAAGCUUUAGGCGGUGCCGAAAAACCAAACUAUCCAAUCGCUUCCAAUGAUACUUUGGUCGAAUACGAUGCCUUCUUAUUCGGUAUUCCAACUAGAUUCGGUAACUUCCCAGCCCAAUGGAAAUCUUUCUGGGACGCUACUGGCGGUCUUUGGGCUAAAGGCAGUUUGCACGGUAAGCCAGCUGGUAUCUUCGUCUCCACCGGUACUGGUGGUGGUAACGAGUCCACUGCUAUGAACGCUUUAUCUACUUUAAUUCAUCACGGUAUGGUCUUUGUUCCAUUGGGUUACAAGAACAGUUUCCCUGAAUUAACUAACUUGGAAGAAGUUCACGGUGGUUCUCCAUGGGGUGCUGGUACUAUUGCUGGUGCCGAUGGUUCGAGACAGGCUUCUAAGUUAGAGUUAACCGUCCAUGAAAUUCAAGGUAAGACUUUCUACGAAACUAUUCAAAAAUUAUAA